AUGGGUCCCGACCAGAAGGCCCUGCUGGCCGAACUCGACAAGCGCUUUGAUGUUCUGGAGCGGAAGCUCGAUGCCACGGCGGCGUCCUCGUCCACCCGUCUGGAUGCCUUGGAGUCUGCAGCCAAGGUGUUCGACGAAUGGCGCCCGGGGGUCGACGGCGUCAUCGACGACCUUCGCCUUGAAGUCACCAAGCUCGCGACUCUCAAACUGGAAGUGGGGAAGAUCUCCAAGUACAUGGAACGCUCCAUGGUGGACGGACCGUCAGCGACUUCCGGGGUGAUAGCGGCAGCGCCCGUCACCAAGUCUGCUUCGGCUCCUGCGUCGCCCUGCGCCUCGCUUCGCGACGCCAAGGCCGUCGUCACUCCGCACUUCAGAUCCGACGGCUUCGGCGACGUUACUGGCUGCCCCGCGCCCAUCUGUGGGAUCUGCAGCCCCUCGGCCCAGCGGGCACCGCGUCGACCUCAGGAACCGGGAAGGUGCAUUCGGAGUGGUUACCACUCUGAUUCCACCUCCCGGCAAGGGGAUGAGCACGAACUCUUGUUACGUCGCUUGUUCCAGAUUCGGCAAACCGGCCCGGUCACUGAAUACAUCAAUCAGUUUGUUGCUCUGGUAGAUGAUCUGAAAUCCUAUACCCAACACCCAGACCCCCUCUACUAUACCCAACGUUUUCUCGACGGCUUGCGCGAUGACAUCAAAGCUGUUCUUCUUGUUCAACGUCCAUCUACUUUGGAUACUGCUUGUGUUCUUGCUCAAUUACAGGAAGAGGCGCUGGGACUCUACAAGAGGCCGAUUCGGCGUCUGGAUAACUCCCCCGCAUAUAAACCGGCAUGGCCUAAUGCCCUGGCGCUGCCUCCACCGCCAACAAAGCUUGCUGAUGGCGACAGUAAGCGGCUGCCCCAAGCUCUGUCGUCCUCGGCGGAAGACAAGUUCAAAGCAUUACGAGCCUCGCGCCGUGCCCAGGGUCUGUGCAUCCGGUGUGGCGCAAAGUGGAGCCGUGACCACAAGUGCUCAGACAUGGUGCAGUUACAUCUGGUGCAAGAGCUGAUGGAUUUAUUUCCGGAGUCUGUUGCAGCUGAGUGCUCUGAGGAUUCAUCACCGGACGAACAGAUCAUGAUGCACCUCUCGGUGGCAGCGGUAGUGGGCUCAGCUUCCCCUAAGACUUUCAGCUUGUCCGGUCACAUUCAAGGUCACCAUCUGUCUAUUUUGGUGGAUUCCGGUUCAUCCCACACCUUCUUGAACUCUGUUUUGGCUCAGUCGCUCACCGGCAUCAAGGACCUACCGUCCCCAGUUCAGGUGCAGGUGGCUAAUGGGGCCAUUCUACAAUGCACAUCCUUCUUACCCGAUGCUCAUUGGUCAGUGCAGGGCUGCUCCUUUGUCACCGACCUUAAGUUGUUGCCUCUUUCCUCUUAUGAUAUGAUUCUGGGUCUUGAUUGGCUGGCCAGUUUUAGCCCGAUGCAAGUUCACUGGGCUCAAAAAUGGAUCUCCAUUCCUUAUGAGGGAGCUACAGCUAUCUUGCUUGGAGAUUCUGCCGACCUUCCGGUUCUGCAGACGCGCAUGGUCGUUCGUGGGUCUUCUUCUAUACCUCAGGUGCUUGUCAAAUGGAACAACCUGCCGUCGGCACUGGCUACCUGGGAAGAUUUUGAAGCUGUUCGCCAGGAGUAUCCACGCGCCACUGCUUGGGGGCAAGCAGUGUUCCAAGGAGGAGGGGAUGUCAGCCACCGUAGCAACUCGGCCCAAGAUGGAGCACCUGGAAGCCGGCCCGGAGGAAGAAGGCCCAGGAAGCCCAACCCGCGAGUAACUGGCGACCAAUGGAUUUGA